AUGGCCACCUUCGUACUCCUCCUGCAAUGCCCACCAUCGUCCAGCCUACCCAUCUUUUCACGACACGCUGCAAAACACGCAGCAGCCUAUCAUCGCUAUGAUCGCAAACAAUCUCUCGCUGCACAGUACGACAGCGAGCGCCUCAGUAAAGAAGGCUUCAAGCGAACCGUCACAAUGACCAGCACGACCCAGCAGCUCCAAGGACUCAGGCGACGCUCGCAUAGCGAUAAUGUCGAAGAGGUGUCUAUGCCUAUUGCUGAUACAGUUGAGUGGACAUCGCCUGUUGUGGAAUUCUUCAAGCGACUGCUUCUACAGGACUCCUCUGGAUUGCAAGACGAUGCAGUGCUGAAUGCACCACGGAUUCAAGCACCUGCGCGUCGUGCACUUCGCUACAAAGACUGGAAGGACCUACAAAUCUCUAGUGGGUGGUCUGGUCAUGCACUUGAAGAAGCACAACGUGCCAUUCAACAAGACUGGGAUUUGGGUGACUUGCUCGAUAUCGGUUCUUGUGAAUUGGCCCUGUUGGAGAGGAUGGUACAGGUUGCCAAGGAAGUGGAGGCACAUACCUUUCUGCCUGCCAUUGUUGGGACGCAAGGCUCUCUCAAGGAAGACCUCGAACGCGGUCGCGUCAAGAACCAGAUCCUCUACCUCUAUGGCCAAUGCCUUCUCUCUCGCAUCAGGCUGGCUCAGAUGAUUUCCUUUGAAGGUGGCAGUCACUCACGGGCAGGCAAGCUAGAAACUCUCAAAUUAGCAGACCUCGAAGCAUCCCUUGACGAAGCAGUCAAACGCGAUCGAGCGAAUGACGGGGAACGCUCCGUCUCAGUCUUUCACGACACACAUGCCUUACUGUGA